CGCGGGAAGCUCCAAGAUGGCGGCAGUGGCGACCUGCGGCACCGGCGCUGGGAGUACUAGAUCUAUAGUGGCUACAACCAGCAAGAACAACGUCACCAGUUUCCAGAGGAAGGGUCCUAGAGCAAGCGGUACCGACAGCGGCUGUUCUCGACUGGUGUCCAUCGCGGGCACACGACCGUCGGUGCGGAAUGGACAGCUGCUGGUAUCUACCGGGCUCCCAGCCCUGGACCAGCUCCUAGGUGGAGGUUUGGCUGUUGGAACAGUUCUUCUAAUUGAAGAGGAUAAAUAUAAUAUUUAUUCUUCUUUGCUCUUCAAGUAUUUCCUGGCAGAAGGAAUCAUCAAUGGGCAUACUUUGUUGGUUGCGUCUGCAAAAGAAGACCCUGCUGAUAUUUUACAGGAACUUCCUGCACCAUUACUUGAUGAUAAUUAUAAAAAAGACUUAGAUGAAGAUAUAUGUAAUCAUCAAACACCAGACUCUAACAUUAAGAUGAAAAUAGCUUGGCGUUACCAGUUAUUACCCAAGAUGGAGUCUGGACCAGUAUCUUCUUCAAGAUUUGGUCACUAUUAUGAUGCAUCAAAAAGGAUGCCACGCGAACUAAUUGAGACUUCAAAAUGGCAUGGAUUUUUUUUUCCAGAAAAAUUAUCUUCAACUCUUAAUAAAGAACCAUGUUCUUUGACCCAUGGCUACAGAAGGCUGCUUCAGUUUAUCCAGAAAGUCAUAUAUGAGGAAGGAUUUGAUGGCUCCAAUCCCCAGAAAAAACAGAAAAAUAUUUUAAGAAUAGGAAUCCAGAAUCUUGGUUCACCUUUGUGGGGAGAUGACAUUUGCUGUACAGAAAACUGUGACAACAGCCACAGCCUUACAAAGUUCCUGUAUGUUCUCCGUGGUCUUCUACGAACCUCUCUUUCAGCCUGUAUCAUCACAAUGCCAACACAUCUUAUCCAGAAUAGAGCAAUUAUUGCUCGUAUUACAAACUUGUCAGAUACAGUAGUUGGUCUGGAAUCAUUCAUUGGUUCUGAGAGAGAAACCAACCCAUUAUAUAAGGAUUAUCAUGGUUUGAUUCAUAUUCGGCAGAUUCCUCGGCUUAAUAACUUGAUUUAUGAUGUAUCCGAUGUCAAAGACUUAGCUUUUAAAUUAAAAAGGAAGCUAUUCACCAUUGAGCGACUGCAUUUGCCUCCAGACUUGUCAGACACAGUGAGCCGCUCAAGCAAACAGGAUCUGGCAGAAUCCUCCAAGCUGCUGGGCCCAGGCUGUGGCAUGAUGGCCGGAGGCAAGCAGCACCUGGACUUCUAGCGGUUCCUCCUUAGUCGUUGCAUGCAGAAUUAUAUGACACCCUAAUUAUGAUUGCUAAUAGCUUCUGUAAAUAUUUUUCUUAACGAUUUGACCCUCUAAUCCUUGAAGAACAGUUAGGAUUGCAAAAUGAGGCCACCGCUCUUCAUUUUCCUUACCCAACUUUUUAUGCAGAAAGAGUACAGCAAAACUACUUUCAUUUUAAAAUUUUGUUUUCUGCUCUAUUUAGAGAAAGCAGGUAAUUUUAUUUUUGAAUAAAAUGUCAGAAACUCAAAGUGCCUCACAAUGGUCAUUAGUAUACCUAUAUUAAGGCACUUAGUCCAUGUUAAGUGCAUAUUACAGCAGGUAGCAUAUAAAACAGUAUAAAAUUCAUAAUUGCAUAUGAAAAACAUUUUCUCUUUAUUUCUGCAAAAGUCACUUGCCACCAAAAAGUGCUAAGGUGUUUUUUAAAAAUGAAAAAUUCAUUUGCUAAUAUAUGUGAAGACUAUAAUAAAAUGAAUUUGCAUUUAUGCAUCCUGUUAUUAAAUUGAUGAACACAAGAUAAUAUUUCGGGAUUAAGAGUCCAUUAAAGAUCAGUAGUCUACCAUAGUAGUUAAUAAAUCUAAAGAACUUGAGUGACAGAAAGCAUAGAAAAAGAAGUUGAUGGUCUUCUGUUUAGUAAUCCUAAACAAUUGAAGUCAGCACUAUGAAAUUACGUCAGCAGACAUAAUUCAGGAUUGAAAUUCAAACUGACAGCUACAUUAACACUAGGGGAAAGCAUGUAUUUGAAGCUUGGUGAGAGAUUUUUACAGAACAUAGGUCUGAGACAAAGUAGCAAACUGAAACUAAGAUUUCCAUUGCAUCAGGUAAGCCCUUUGUGAAUCAAGAACGCUGGUUGGGUAUGCACAUUUAUAACCAUAUAGACAUGUAUUUGGGGGGUAGUUAGCACAUCGAACCAGUUUUCAUAUAAAACACUAGGUUUUUGAAUCACAGUUCCAUAUUCUCAAAGCUUUUGACAAAUAGGCAAAAAGUGAAGGUUAGAAAAUAACUUGCAUUUAAGUAAAGAAUUUCAAUUUUUAAAAAGCUGCUUAACAUCCAUUAGGAGAAACUGAAUUUCUAAAAUGCAUCUUCAGUGAUGUUAGAAUAAAUUUUGAAGCAGUUAUAACUAGCAUUUUUAAGCAGUUUGCUUGUAAUACACCACAAAUUAUACUUUAUUUUUUCUUGACAACAUUGUAGAAAACAAAGACUAGGUUUUUAAAACUGUCUAACCAACAUGAUGAAUGUCAGUCACUUAAAAAAAAAAACCCACUGUAGCAUAAACACACACUGUAUACAGGUUUUAUUCAGAAUUAGAAUAAUUGAAUCAAUGACAGUGAUUCGCCAGGAUGUCAAAUCUCUCCAUCAUAUCCUGUCACCACCAGUUUAUUUUUUGUGAUCAAAAUCAAAAAGACAACUAUUUUGUCACCCGCUAUUUUAUUAGUACUAAAAAUCAGGUUUCUUCUAUUUUUUUAGAAUGUCUGGUUUAUUUUUUUUCACUUCUUUUAAUUCAAAAGACACAAAUUCUUCCCCAUUUUCUUUUCAAAAUAAAGUUUCAGAAUUGAUCUGUCAGUUAAAAUUAAAGGGCUUUUAUAUUAAGCAAAGGUGCUUUUAAAAUUUAAAGCAACUUAAAAAAAUCAAUUUAGUCCAUAGAUAAU